CUUCUUUCAGCGUUUAUCAGUUUAGUCGCGCAAAUUUCACAAAAUUGUCACCUAUACACGUGUUAGUCCAGCCCUUAAAAAUCUUGCUUAGGUGACUAUUAAUUGAAUGGGGCUAUUAAAAAAUUAAUUGUGGACGUAGUGAUUUUUGAAACAAAUGUCUUGUAAUUGUACUACACCUCGUGGAAUCGAGGUAAAAAAUUCCGACACACAAUCAGAGGUGUCCGAAAGCGGCACGGCCACUUCUGGUUUCAAUUCAAAUUGGGGCUCAAGAGAAGAAUUGAGGGACUUUGUCGCCAAACACGGAGUAAAGGACAUCUCGGAUUUGUACCAGGACCGGUUCAGAGUCGACCGAAAAAAACUGGAGCAAAUGCUUAGUGGGGAUAACGAUGCACUGAUCCCCGCUGACGUCUUCUUCGAGAAAAUCAUGGAAGACACUGACACUUAUAUAACAUGGCCCAACAAACUCAAAUUGGGGGCGAAAUCGAAAAAGGAUCCUCAUGUGCGGAUCGCCGGGAGGGAAGAAGACGUCAAAGCAGCGAAAGAGAGGAUCAUGACGGUUUUGUACACGAGAUGCAAUCGUGUAACUAUGAAAAUGGACAUCAGUUACACGGACCAUUCGCAUAUUAUCGGGCGAGGGGGGCUGAGUAUCAAACGAGUCAUGGAGGAGACUCAAUGCCAUGUGCAUUUCCCCGAUUCAAAUCGCUCGAAUCCGAUGGAGAAAAGCAACCAAGUUUCGAUUUCGGGCGAUUUGCAAGGGGUUGAAACUGCGAGGAGUCGUGUUAGGGAGUUAAUACCGCUGAUUUUUGGCUUUGAGCCGCCAAUUAUGGCCCAAAAUAUCGAUAAUACGUGUCCUUACGUAAUCAAAAUUCAGGAACAAUACAAGGUGCAAGUCAUGUUCAAAACUAGGUCGAAACUGCAUGCUACUAUAGUACUAGUCAAGGGAGUCGAAUGGGAGGUGGAGCAGGUGAAACAGGCUACGAUUUUGCUCAUGGAAUACAUGUGCGAGAAUUUGACGAACCAAAUUGCGGUUCAAAUGACCAUACAAAUUUCGCCUCAACAUCACCAAAUCGUCUUGGGCAAAAAUCAUUCGAAUUUAAAGGCAAUCAUGCACUACACCAAGUGUCAAAUUAUGUUCCCUGAUGCUCAAGACCAAAAUAUCCCUAGUUUGAAGAGAAGUAAUGUUAAUAUUUCGGGAAAUAUCCACAAUGUUUACACCGCGCGUCAAUUGUUAAUUGGAAGUUUGCCACUUUUGAUUAUUUUCGAUCUUCCUGAAGAUAUAACAAUUGUAAAAGUUCGGUCGGAACAAAUCGAAGAUAUUCAAAAUACUUGUGACGUCACAAUUACCAUAAGACAAAAGUCAAAACAGAUGGUUAAAGCUUGUAUUAUUAAAGGCAUCGAACGACAUGCUACAAAUAUAUACAGGGCGCGUAAUUUAAUUCUUGGGAUUGCCGAAUCACCAAUCGAGGCUGUUAUUCCUCGUCUUUACCAUAUCCCAAACCCUCCUCCCUAUUCGCCCAAUGAAGACCUAUUGACCACUCCUACUAAUCUAAACCCGCCCUCUUUAUCACCUCAAUUCCCUCCAAUAUUCACAUGGCACUACUCUGACCAAACUUCGCCCUUUGAGAUGAUCCAAACACAACCACAUGUUUUGUCCAACAAGAUGCAACAAUCGUCCAAUAGCAGCGGUUUUCAAUCAUUUGAACAAAUGAAAGCUGAUAUUAGUCUUUUGUCUAGUAUUUCCAGUAAUAGUAGUAACUACAGCCCACCUAGUGACCCUCCCACCACUUCUGAUUACCAAUCAAUGAAUGAGAAGAAAUCAGGGAGUUUUGAUUAUGACAGCAAACGUUUGGCUGGUUUCAAAGCAAUGCAAGGGAGGCCAAAUCCGGACAAUUAUCGAGUCCCCACUACCAUGUGGGCAGGGUAUGGGAUAAGUCACACAAGUCCUGCAGGAAUGUUGAAGAAAGAAGAAGAUGUGUGGAAAUCGUCCGAAGUGUAUCCUUCAACGUCGGGACUUCACAACACUAGUAAUAUUCUUGACCACACCCCCACCCACUUUAUAAAUCGUGUUGCUAACACCACGUGGUCCGAUUUGCCUUCACUUCUCAGUGCCUUGGGUUUGGACCGUUAUAUCAGUCUUUUUGUUCGACAUGAAGUCGAUUUGUUAACUUUUGCGACUCUAUCCGAUACAGAUUUGAUGACAAUCGGAGUGACAGCUUUCGGGAGUCGUCGCAAAAUGCUAUUGGCUAUUUCGGAAUUAAACAAAAGAACGUGCACGUUUUCGGUCGCUCCAGGGGCUGAACGCAAAAGCUCCUCGUCGAAUUCGCCCCCCAAUCAUGACAAUAGUCCCCGCGAAAAUUGGUAAUUAGGGAGUAGUACCAAAAUAUGAUUGAUUUUUGUGACUUUUCUUCUUUGUUUUAAUGUUGUGUUGUUGGAGAUUUUUUGGAAAAUGAUUGGUGAUUGUUGUUAAAAUUCCCGUAAAUUAUUACUUAAAAAUCCGGCAUGUGGGGGUUUUAUGUGUGCGUUUUGUAAUUAAGCCGAUCAAUUGUGAUAUUUUAUGAGUAUUGCUCAGCGAAAAUCUUCACCAUAUUUAUAUAGUUUUAACACAUGUAAUUUUAAGGAUAGAUUUUGUAAGCAAAAGUUUUAAUUUGCUUCUUUUGAUUAUUUGAUUCAAUUAUUAUACGUUUUAUGAAAUAAAUUAAAACUUUUGUACCCUUGUGAUGUAAUCGUUAUUAUACCAUUUGUAAUUUAUUAUUAUUUAUAAAAAACUACCAUUAUUAUUGAUACUUAAAGCAAUUAUUACAAAUUUAUACCACA